CCCGAAAAGAAGAAGAAGAGACCCUCUAACCUUGAAAGUGCAAGUUAAACAAACAAACCAAUUUUCUUUAUAACCUAUGAUAAUGGCGUCGGCGAGUACUUGGAUGUUUUUGCUGAAGGUACUCCUCAUUUCUACUGGUAUAUUGGGCAUAGCUUUGGGACUUAAAGUAUCUGUUCCAUUGGUUAUGGAAUUCUUUGUUUCUCAAGCUCCGUUAUGGUGGAGUACGAUCCGUUCUUGGCUCAAGCCUCCGUUCCUUUACUUCGUCAUCAAUGGAAUCAUCAUCACAAUUGCAGCAUCGUCACGGUUUAACCAAAUCAACGCCGAGAAAGAUCAGACGGAGCAAAUACAGCUGCGACCGAAGAUCUCGGUGGAUCGAUGGCAAGCGGAGGAGUACGAUACAAAGAGCGGCUGGGAAUCCGAUGUAGUAGAGCCCAGUGAUUUAUUGUACGAUCAAAAUUAUAAAGGAAAAGAGGUGGAAACGACGAUUCUUGGGGAUGAGAGCAAUGUGGCGGUUGAAGAUGACAAAAGUGGAGAUAGCGAGUUGGUUAUCUCCAAGUCGGAGUGGAUCCCUCCAACUAGAACGGAUUCUUCGGAGAUUCCAUUGGAUGCUCUGUUUCCACCGGAGAAACCAGCGCUUUCUUCUAGGUUCGGUCACCGGAAACCUGUUAAAACCAACCCUGAAGGUGGGGGGGCGUUGAGAGUGGCAAAGCCAAAACUGCAUGAGACGCUGGAGAACACGUGGAAGAUGAUCAUGGAAAAGAAAGCAAUGCCGCUGUCGGGACACUUGAAGAAGUCGGACACUUGGGAGAAUCACGACCGUGAUAUCAACGGGGAGGCAUCGACCGCCUCACCUCUGAUGAAAAAAUCAGAAACGUUCAAGGACAGGACCAAUUAUCAGCUGCCACCAGUACAAGCAAGCCCUUCCCCGGCUUCCGGAAAGGCGAGGAAAGAGCCAUCGCUGAGUCAAGAGGAGUUGAAUCGUCGAGUGGAAGCCUUUAUUCACAAGUUUAACAACGAAAUGAGGUUACAGAAACAAGAGUCGAUUAAUCAGUAUAUGCAGAUGGUUAAUGGUGGGAAUUAAUCAUAACUAUGCUUAGAUUAGUUUAUGGAAAUAUGUUUGCUCCAAUGAGUUUUAGAAGGUUGGAGACUUUA